GAGGAGCUCAUCUGCAUUCGCACGUUUUGCCCACGAGCUGGAGUGGUCGAGUUUGAAGUCCAGUAGCUGGUUCCAUGUCAGUGGCAUUACACCACUCUUGGGCGACAAUGCACAGAGAAGUUGGAAGGCAGCUAUGCAUGAGGCGACUUCUUGCCUUCCAGUGUCCUUGGACCUCAACCAUCGGAAACAAUUAGGCACCUUAUCGGAGCUUUGGAACAUCGUCUCCCCUUUCUGCAGUGCUUUGGAGGUGUUGAUUCUUUCGACUGAUCAGUUGAGUGGUCUUGCAGAACUGCUCCUCAACACGAGCUUGGAAGGUGACUCUGACACUGUCUAUUUGCACAUCAUGUCACGCUUAAUCCGGCAGCUGAAAUGUAAGCGCCUGGCAAUGUGCGUGAAGAACCGGGAUGAUUCAACCGGGCUUCAGACACGUUGGAGUUUGUUGACCGAGCUCGAUGGAGAUUCUGUCCGAGAGCAUCGGUCGAUCCCUAUCUCUCAUGUCCCCAAGGAUGAAUGCGGUGGCGGAAGUGCUUGGGCAGCAGGUCUGAUCCAUGCGUUGCACGUCGACUCCUUGACCAUCCCCGAGGCCUUGCGGCGAGCUGAUCUCCUUUCAGCGCUCAGUCAAAACACUGAGGGCGACUUCUCCCGAGUGAGCAUCCAGGAGCUUUCGGCUGCGGAAGAGCGCCAGAUUCCAUCCAGCUCCACCUCACUGGUCCAUCAUAUAUCAGCUACAUCAGGUCCCAUCGUUUCUGUUCCAUCUUUUGCAGUUGACGCAGCCGAAGUCAUUGAAAUGACUUUGAAGAAGAUGAAAGAUGCCAAGGUGUUGCCAAUCUUUCGAGUCAAGGGUGAUGCACAGGUGGCUAUCAAUAGAGGGGUCGAAUUGGCAUCCUUGGGAUGUAAAGCCAUGGAGGUCACCAUGGAUAGUGCUGAUUGGCAGCUCAUCUUAUCAUCCCUGCAUCAGCGACUUCCGGAUGUGAUUUUGGGUGUGGGCACGGUGAUGGAUGACACCGUGUCCCAAAUUCCCUUGGCCAAGAGUCUUGGAGCUUCUUUCGCAUUAUCUCCCAUUGAUCCGAUCGGCUUUAUCGAAGUUUGCAAGAAUCUCGGUGUCCUGGCGGUCCCAUCUGCCUUCACCAGCAAUGAAUGUUGGUCGAUGCACCGGCGAGGUGCACGUCUCAUCAAACUCUUUCAUGCGGGCUUGGCGUCUCCUGCCAUCCUGAAAGCUAUGCUGGAUGUGACACCCUUGGGUGAAAACUUGAACAUUUUGCCUUCUGGUAGCGUGUCUCCAGGCAAUGCAUCUGAAUGGCUCAAGGCCGGUGCAAGUAUCGUAGGUAUGGGUAGCAACUUGGUCGGCAAGGACAUCUCACUGAAACCUGGAACAGCCGAAUUCCACGCCGCAGUUGAUGAUUGGAGAUCUAAAGGUCGGCCCAUUGUGGAGAAGAUGCUCAAAGACUUAGCUUUAUUGACGCCGUAAACUGCUGAGCCGUUCCAGUUGGGCCUCGGUUGGGUCUCGGUCGUGUCCCUCCUCAGAUCAUAUCUGCUCUGGCAAAAGGGAGCAAGGGCAGAAGAACGGCGUGGAUAAGGAGCUCUUGGAAGGGACAGUGACAUAGUUUUGAAGCGUUUUGAACGAUCCACCGGAAUCCACCCUAUGGAGUCACUUCAAUUCUUCUUUCCUUUGGAGUCACCAAGUCUUCAAGAAGAGCUGUCGGAGCCAUCGACACCGUCAACGGCCAAACCAGCAGGUUUUCCAUUUGGAUACCUUGCACGACCAAAGUGUUUGCGG